CACCACGCUCACUUGCAUCUGACCUCAUGCUAAUGCCUCUCGACUCGCCAUGCCCAUCACUCUUCGCUCUCGCCGUCGCCACCCCGACAUAGACUUGACAAUCGGCUCCCUUGAAGCAGAAAAGGCCCAACUACACCGCCAGAAUGAGGAGCUUCGCGCCGGCCUCUCAACACUUCAGCUGCGAUACGAUGCCGAGUCGUCUCGAGCCGCAACGGCCGAGGAAGGCCUGGCCAAGGCUCGAGCUGACAUGAGUCAACAAGCGAUGCAGAUGACGAACCUACAACAAGCGCUCGAAAAGGCGAGGGAGAGGGAGUCGACAGACGCAAAGGGGAGAAGAUUGGAGGAUCAACAACGCGAUCGUGCUGUGGACAUGCAGGCGAGGGCUGACGCCGAGGAGAGGAGGCAGCUCGAGGAGAAGCUGCGAGUGGCAGAAGCUAAGCUACAAGAGAGCAAGGGAGGUCGAUCAGGCUUCGACUCCUCCGCCAAGCUCAUUGCACUCGAGAAUGAGAACAUGGUCCUCAAGGCAGAGAAUGCGCGCCUCUCCAGCACGGCGUCGUCGUCGUCGUCCUCACCGCAACGUACCCUCAAAGCGUCGAAGAGUAUGCACUUUGGCGGCGCAGGCGAUGACUUCAACACUUCUCACCGCCGACGCCCACGCUCCUCAUCAGUCUCCGGCCCCGCUGCCCACUCUGAAGCAAGCGUCGCCCGCCUCCAGGUCCAGCUUGACGAUCUCAAGACGAUGCACCAAGAGGCUCAGGCCGAGAUGAGAAAGGUCGAGGAAAGGGCGACUAAGGCAGAGCGUGAGGCUCUGAAAUCUUCCAAUGAGACUAUGGCCGCACAGCGUCAGGGGGAGAAGCUGGCGGCUGAGCUGCGGCAGGAGAUAGCGGAGUUGAGGGAGGACCUUGAGUGGAAGAAGGAGGAGUGUGAGAGCGUGGCAAAGGAGCUGCAAGAAUGUCAACAGCAGCUCGAGAGGGAGCAGCAGAGGGCUGAGAGCCUGCAAAGCAAGGCUGAUCGGUCGUCAAUUCCGUCAUCGUCGAAGCAGGGCGUCGAUCGAGCAGCCCUUGAUAGGGCCCUCGCUGAGGUUGAAGAGGCCAAGGGGCGCGCAUUUAGCCUUGAGAGCCAGGUCAGCGACCUCGAGAGCCGACUGGCCAAGGCAACACAAGAAUCGCAAGCUGCGGAACAAGCAUUGCAAGACGCCCAGACCUCCUCACCCACAUCUUCAUCAGCAGCAGCAGCCGCCCCCACAAACGAAUCGCGUGCGUUGCGCGAGCUGCGAAGAUCCCUCGCCCAAGUUACAGCAGAGCGCGACUCGCUCAAGGAUGAAGUCACCAGCCUCGAGGACGAGAUUGAACGACUCCAAGCAAGCGGAGCAGCACUGUCAGACGGCUCGCCUGCCGAUGCCGACGCGCAGCUCCACGACGAGCUUCGCAAGCUCAAGCACGACCUCGAGAUUGCUCAAGGCUCCGUCGACAGCUACGAGGCGCAGCAAGCUCAGCUCAAGGCAGAAUUGGCAACCCAAGCCGAGGAGCUCCAGUCGAGCAGGGACUCUGCACGGGCCGAAGUGCAAGAGGUCAGACAACAGCUCAAGGACACGGCAUCGCAGCUUGUGGCCAAACAGGCUGAGCUGAUUGAAGUCGCGGAUCGUCUCAAAGACUCAGAAGAGCAUCUCCACCACGCAGCCAUGGCAGUCGAAGCGGCCGAGCAGCGCAACAUUGACGGGCAGGGUAACUCGGCCGAGCUCGUCGAGCUGCGAAGCGCACACGCCAAGCUGCAAUCGCAGCAUGAAGCAGUCACUGCCAGAGCGGACGAGCUGGAGAACAAGGUCGUCGCACUGAAGGCCGCCACGCAGCAGCAGCGGGACUCGGAGGUAUUGCAAGCCGAGAUCGAAGGCCUCUCACGCCAGAUCGAGAGCCUGCGCGAGGACGUCGCUGAGCGGGAGGCGGCCCUCGAGCAAGCCGAGGCCCUCGCAGAGGAGGACUCACGGCAGCUCCGCAUCAAAGACAGUGAGAUCAAGUCUCUCUCUGACGAAGUCUCUCGACUGCGCCAAGGGGCAAAGGAGGCUUCGCUCGAACUCGAGGUGCUGCGCUCUUCGGCCACCAAUGACGAGUUUGGCAGCGGCGCAGACCUUGAAGAGAAGUUGCAGCGUCUCCGCGACGAGAGGGAUGUGCGCGACAGGGAGCUCGGCCAACUUCGCGCCGUCAUCAAGAAGAGGGAAGAUGAGGUGGAGCUCAGCAAGAGGCAGAUCAAGCGACUUGCUGCCUUCGUUGCUGGCCAUCAGAGCGUCAACGCCAAUGGAAGCAGCGGCAGCAGCAGCGGCGGCGAUGGUCCAUCGACUCCUCGCUCAGCCCGCUCAACCCCAUUGCCGCCCAUGGCCACCCCUAUUGGCAAGCUGCUCAAGUCCGGCCACUUCUUCGCCACACCUGGCGGGAAGCAAUUCCAGCGCGGCUUUGAUGAGGACCUCUUUGAUCAGAUUGAGCUGUUGCGCGAGGCGUUGGAGCAGGCUGAGGAGAGGCAGAGAUUCGUCGGGAUGGAGGAGGAGGUCAGAACGGCCGGGCUGGUCAAGGAGGGGCAGCGCAAAGCGGAGAGAAUUGAGAGGCUAGAAGACGAGCUGAACGAUGCGCAAAGGCAGCUCGGUGAGCUGGCUGAGGCGCACGAUGCCGCUAGUGCUGAAGCGAGCCAGGAGGGCGAGCGCUUGGCGAAGGAGCGGGUUGAGGAGCUCGAAGCUGAGCUGGCCGCUGUGCGCUCUGAGCUCGACGACCACCGCGCCGACCUGAAGAGCCAUCGCGCUACUCUUCAAGAGGCCGAGCGUCGCCUUGCAGAAGCAGAAAGCCAGCGCGCUACCUCGCUCUCCCAAGCGCAAGACAGCGCUCAGGCAUCUCAGGCGCGCCUUGCCACGAUCGCUGCAAUCACGGAACGCAUCGAGGGCAAACAACGCCUCCUUGCCCAGCUUGAAGACAAGACGCGUACAGCGAGCAGGACGGACGAGCUGCUUCAAGCAGAAGAGCAGGGGCUCAAGCAGCUUGAGGCAAAUCUGGCUGCUGAGCACCAAAGCCAAGCUGCCUGGCUUGAAGUGCGCGAUGCGACGAUGCAAGGCUUUGCGGAGUGCAGGCAGUGGCUGGCAAGCGGCGCCACCACCUCAUCGUCAGCAACCACCUCCCCUUCAUUAUCGACUGCCUCCUCGACCAAGCGCGAGACGCAGCUUCGCGCCAAGAUCACCGAGCUCGAGGCGCGUAUCCUCCGCCGCGAAGAACAGAUCGGCAGCCAACAGCUCAAGCUUCAGGGCGUCACCACGAAGCUCAACAUGGCCGAGGAGGACUAUGAGGAGCUGCUUGAGGAGAAGAUGGAUCUAGAGCAAGAGCAUGAGCGUCUCAAAGUGAGGUUGGAUGCGACUGUGAAGGAGCAUGCCGAGACGCUCGAGCAAGCUGAGGGGCGGGUUGAGGAGGCAAAGGCGGCACUCGGCGACGUUGAGGAGAAGCUGCAGGCCGAGGUCGAUAGAGCCAGGGACCUUGAGCAGCAGCAGCAGCAGCAACAACGUGGCCAAGACCAAGACGAGCAGCAGACUGACGAGGUCACGGCGAUGGCAACAUUGUCCAAUGAACUUGCGGAGUCUCAGCGCCGCGUCGAACAGCUGACGGCCGAGGCCACGGCCAAAGAGAGCGAGGCGGCACAGCUUGUCGCCGACCUGGACGCCCUGCGCACCGCUCACGCCGACGUCGAAGCACGCUGCGAAAAGCUCUCCCUCCAGCUUGCAGAGGCCGAGUCCGGCGACCAACAGAAGGAGGCCACCAUGCUCGAGGACCUGCGUGCCAGCCAAGAGAGCCUGACGGAGGCGCGCGAGGAGGUGCAAGUCUUGCAGGCACAGCUGAGUAGGGCGAAGGAGGAGAAGGACCAGAUUGAGGUGACGGCGCGUGAGGCUGCGAAGGCUGGCGAGAACAGGGAAAUGGUCGAGAGACUGGAGGCUGAGCUUGAGUCGCGGACAGCAAGAGAGGCAGAGGUAGAGCAGGCUCACUCUGAGGCCGUGGCCCACCUCGAAGAGGAGCUGCGCGCGGCCCUCCAUCAGGCAAGCGUUGCCGCCGAGGCUAAGCUGACGAUUGAAGCCGUCCUCGAGGAGCUGCGCACCAGCUCUGCGGCUGAGGUCGAGGAGCUCAGCGCUAAGAUCUCAUCACUGGAGUCAGACAAGCAAGACCUCGAGACGCGCUACACCGACCUGCAAUCUCGCGCGUCACAAGCAGAAGAUGUCGCACGCCAGGAGCUCCAGUCUCUCCGAUCCCAACUCACCGACCUCCAGCCCCGCCUCGACGAGCUACAGUCUCUCCUCCGUUCCCGCGAGGAGGCCCUCCAUGAAGCCGAGUCUGCCAUCACGGACCGCGAUGCUGCCUUGAAAGAGCGCAACGAGGACUACUGGCAGCUCAAGGAGGAAGUCGCCGAGCUACAAGAGCACGCAGAACGCUCGCGCGCCGAAGCGGAGACCAUCGAAAGGCUGGAGGAGCAACUACGCGAGACCCGCGAAGAGGCAGAACGAUUCUCCUCCCUCGAAGAGAAAUUGCACAACGCCCAAGAGGAGCUACGCGGCAGCGCCGAACGACUGGAAGAGGUGGAGCGGGACAAUGUGGCUAAGGCCUCGGAGCUGGCCGAUUUGCAGGGCGAACUCAAGCGCCGUAAAGCUGCUCACCGUUUCAAUGAGGAGGGGAUUGCCAGCCUGAAGCGAAAGGCGCACGAGGCUGAAGCCGGGCUGCGCGACGCCAAGCUGGAGCUCGUGAGGGUCGAGGCACAAUGGCAGGCCGCGCGUGAUGGGGAGGAGGGGCUGCGCAGCGAGCUCGACGAUAUGGCUGCGCAAUUGGCUGCGGCCAAGCAGCAGCAGCAGCAGCAGCAGCAACGACCUUCAAGCGGAGAUGAUGCGGAACUGGCAGAAGAGGUCGCCUACCUCACUUCGCGCAUCUCUGACCUGGAAAAGGACCUCGAAGCCAAGGUGGAUGAGAUCGAGGGGGCGGACGAGCGUAUCCUUGAGGGUUUGAAGGAGAACAAGAAGCUCGCCAGCAAGGUCAAGAGUUUGACCAAGCAGCUCGCCACUGCACAGCAGCAGCAGCAGGCGCAAGCGUCCACGUCCACUGCCGCGGCCGCAGCUCCCGCUCACAGGCCGGCGGCGGCGUCCUCGUCGUCAUCGAGCUCAUCACCCGUCAUAGGACGCAAGCGCUCUUCACCAGAGGACUCGGCGACUGCCCAAUCCAGUACGACAGGAGCUGGCUUCACCUUUGCCAAUGGGUCGAUGACAACAACCCCUUCGGCCGCCCAGUCGCAGUCGCAAUCGCAGUCGCAGUCACAGCGCCAAGCGCGUGGCAUUUAUGCCCCUUCACCAUCACGGGCGCGCGUCGCCCCCUCUUCCACUCCUUCCCCACACAAGCCAUCUGCCCCUGGGCUGCAGGAUCGUACCAAUGUUCGCUCAAAUGCCAGCGGUAUCGGCGCGGCAGCUGUCAACGGCGGUGGCGAGGUCUUCAUGUUCGAGGGAGCGGGCGCAAAGGGCGGUAUCGAAAAGCCAGCCGCACUGCCUGCGCCGGCGAAGAGGGCACUAGGAGGUGGUCAGAGUGGCGGGCUAGGAGGGGCAGGCAGUCCUGCGACUGCUGGUGGGGCUGGGGGGCUGAUGGCAGCCCUGCAGGCUAAGAGGAGGUUGAACGCUCGUGCUUGAUACCCGCGCGAGAGCAUGGACCGACAACUGGUUAGCAUCGUACUCUCAGUUCGUUCUGUUUCUUGAUAUCUUUUUGUCUCGUAUUUGCUCCUCAGCAUAUCUCU